AUGAGUCACAAUACAACACCUUUUAACCAGGCAUUCGCCAUCUUAUCCUUGCGCUCAACCUAUUUAUUUACCAGCAUCUCUACUACCAACCCACAACAUGGAGCAACUCGUCCCAACUUUCAUGCUGAUACUCCCAAAGUCGACGAUCAAUUCACCCUACAAGCCACCCUGCAAGCCACCCUCCAGCAGGAGGUCAAAGCAAAGUCCAUCCAGAGACUGAACCUAAGCGACACAAAACGGCGCCGGAUCCUUGAUGUCCCAAACGCUGAGACAGAAGAGAAGAACAUCGCCGCCUCAUCGUCCAGCACCAAGCAAGGGCUCCUGGCACGCGCAGCACAUUCACCAGAUCAGCUCAGUCAGUCUGAGAUUCAGCUGCUCAUGCAUCGGUACUGGGCGGAAGUUACAGUGGAUUCGCGCUUUACCACCGAACAGAAACACAGAAGUCUGUUUGCUGAGAAAGGAGACGGCUUACUCGAGGGCAUUCAACGGGAUGUCUUCUUGUACAUCGACAAGGACUGCGUCGAUUCUACUCUGGGUCCUUCGCGCAUGACGGACAAUAUGGAUAAUAUGUGGGUUUAUGCUGUGGACCCUGAGUACACUCCGAACCCCGAUGAAAAGGAUGGAUAUAAAGGAUACCUUCGUGUGCGGGUGCAGCAGACUAUGCACAGGUUUUUCAAAGCCCGGCGUUUCCAUGCCGAUGAGUAUCCAAUGCAGUACUUGUGGCGUGCAUCUUUGAAGGCCCCUAGAGCGCAGGCUUUUAUGUCAAUCUACGAUGAUGAACUUGAUGAUUGGGAGGAUGGCCUGAGCACCGAGGAUUGGGGAUUGUCAGUUGAUAUAGAUGGCGCUGUGCACACUUACCGGUUCUUUUGCUGA